GAACGCAAUCCAGCCGCCUAGCUGUGGUUUUCCCUGAUAGAGAGAAAGCGCAAAGACUUACGCAAACAUCGCAGGUCCAAGGGGAGUUGUGGUAACUCAAAGGAUGACGUAAACUACGCGAUUUGCGCAACCAUUUUUCGGGAGCUAUCCCUGCUGCCGGAGAUGGGAACGAGAAUACCCUCUCAGUUUCUUUUCCUAUAAAAAAUGCGUAAAGGAGGGGUAGUCUAUACGGCAACCAAUUUCUCUGGAUCUACUACUGCUGGAUACACAGGCUGCCUGGCAAGGGCUUCGGGAGUUAGGCUACUCUGUUAGUUAAUACGUUGAUGAUGAAACAUUAGGGUAUGUAAUUCAAAAUUUUAAACGGAGGUCUAUGCGACGUGUUCGCAAUAUGUUACUACCUGUCAGGAAUCGAUUUCGUUGACUAUUAGACAGAAUGAUUUGACAAACUCGUUACUCGUAGCCUAUUGCCAUGAAAAAACACGCACGAUCUAGUAUCAACGACGCAUUGGAGUGUGCCAGAGAAACGAAUGUCUGACUACCAAAUCCUUGGAGCUGACUGUGUCCGCUGGGACGUAUUGAAAUGACACAGCCUCAUAGCUCCGCGGAAUUGCCUGACCUGAAUUCCUGAGUGUCAACCCGUCAAUUGGGGAACUGGGUGCAUUAGGGUACGUGUUGGUGAUUCGUUUUCAUAGAAGAAGCACUCCGUUCGGUACGACACUGGCAGCAACGCCUUGCUUCUGGUCGGCCCAGGGAGUGAACUGAGUUGAUAAGCGGAGGAUGGGAGAGCGAACAGAACCGUAUCAGUGGGUCUCGGGAGGACACCGUCAUAGUACAGGGCAGUGAUGCCGGGCAUGGUGUUGUUUCGACGGCGCUGGUCAGUAGGCAGUGAUGACCUGGUGCUGCCCGCACUCUUUCUCUUUCUACUCCACUCCAUAUGGCUGGUGGUCCUGCUGGUGGUGCUGUUUGGCCUGCCCUACGGUUCAGACCAGUCCUGCUCCAUCACGCUGGUGGACCAUGGCUGCGGCUACCUGGGCAUCCUGGUCAGCUGCUUGAUUUGUGAGAGUGCCAUCAUGUGGCUGAGCAUGAGGGGCAGCAUCCUCUACACACAGCCUCGCGACGCCGUGCAGUACGUGCUCUACAUACGACUGGCCAUUCUGCUGGUGGAGCUGGUCUACGCUGUCGUGGGAAUCGCAUGGCUGGUGCAGUACUACCAACCUUGCUCUGAUGUCACUGCCAAGAAUCUCACCCUGGGAAUUGUUGUGUGCAACUGGCUGGUGAUCUUCAGCGUGUGCUUCACCCUCAUGUGUACAUUUGACCCCACGGGGCGUACCUUUGUCAAACUGAAAGCCACCCGGCGUCGGCAGCGCAACCUGACCACCUACACGCUCAGACAUAGGUUGGAGGAAGGUCAGGCCAGCAGCUGGAGUAGGAGACUCAAGUUUAUCAUGUGCUGUGCCAGAGCCCAAGACACUCAAUCUGAUGCUUACUCUGAAGUGGCCAGCCUGUUUGCCGAGUUCUUCCGAGACCUGGACAUUGUGCCCAGUGACAUCAUUGCUGGACUGGUUCUCCUCAGACAGCGGCAAAGAUCCAAACGCUCCGCCAUAUUGGACCAGGCAAACAAUGACAUUAUAGCCUUCUUAUCUGGAAUGCCUGUCACUCGCAACACAAAAUACCUGGACCUUAAAAACUCUGUUGAGAUGAGCAUGUACAAGGAAGUAUGCUACUACAUGCUGUUUGCUCUGGCGGCGUACGGCUGGCCCAUGUAUCUGCUGAGGAAGCCGGCCUGUGGGCUGUGCAGGCUCGCCAGCUCCUGCUCAUGCACAUCUGGAUCCGCCUCACGUUUGACCCACGCCGUGACCGUGGAGGAGGAUAACUGCUGUGGCUGUAACGUCCUGGCUGUCCGCCGCCAAUUCCUGGACCAAGACCUUAAGCAGGUCCAGAUUGUCUACAUGUCCUGCCAUGAUGCGGUGUACGAGACUCCGUUUUUCGUAGCAGUCGAUCAUGGGAAGAAAAAAGUGGUCAUCAGUAUUCGAGGAACUCUGUCCCUUAAAGAUGCACUGACUGAUCUCACAGGGGACUCUGAACGUUUGCCUGUAGAGGGACAGCAUGGCACCUGGCUUGGGCACAAGGGCAUGGUUUACUCAGCAGAGUACAUCAAGAAGAAACUGGAGCAGGAGAUGAUAUUAUCCCAGGCCUUUGGGAGAGAUCUGAGCAAAGGCACAAUGCAUUAUGGUCUGGUGAUCGUGGGCCACUCCUUGGGCGCGGGCACUGCAGCCAUCUUGUCCUUCCUGCUGCGACCCCACUACCCGUCCCUGCACUGCUACGCCUACUCCCCCCCAGGUGGCCUUCUCAGUGAGGAUGCGAUGGAGUACUCAAAGGAGUUCUGCACCUCAGUUGUGUUGGGGAAGGAUCUGGUCCCAAGGAUCGGUCUAUUCCAGCUAGAAGGGUUCCGUCGUCACCUUCUGGAAGUCUUACAAAAGAGCGACAAGCCAAAGUGGAGGAUCAUCGCAGGCGGCACCAAGUGCAUUCCCAAAUCGGAGUUCCCGUCGGAGGAGGACGGUCCCCAGCUGCAGGGCUCGGCUCCGCCCAGCUCCCGCCUCUGGCUGCACCCCAGUGACUUAAGCAUCGCCCUGUCUGCCUCCACCCCGCUCUACCCGCCUGGCAGGGUGAUCCACGUGGUGCACAACCACCCCCCAGAGUCGUGUUGUGGUCAGGAAGAGCCCACAUACUCCGCCCUGUGGGGGGACAACAAGGCCUUCGAUGAAGUCAUCAUCUCCCCUGCCAUGCUGAAUGAACACAUGCCACAUAUGGUGAUGGAGGGUCUCCACAAGGUGCUGGAAGCCAAUGUUGCCAUUUCAGAACAGAGUGAUGCAGAGUCUGGAGAAUCAGUGGCUGUCAGUCUUCAGGCAGAACUUCCCACUAAUCCCCUGCUGCCAGACUGUCUUCCUACUCUGUCAAAUACACCAAACAUUCUGCCUUCCCCUUCACAUCCCAGUACCCCCUCUCCCUGUUCAUCACCAAACAUGCCAAAAAACCCUGCAGUGCCUUCACAUUCUAGCACCCAAAGCCUUGUUUUGUCCGAUAGCUCUGCUAUGCCUGUAGGCGAUAGCCUAUCAAGCCUCCUGAAUGCAGAUGCACCACUUCUCUUGCCAGUGGAAAAUGCACAUUCAGUUACUCAGGUGUCCGAUACACUGCCAACCCCAGCUCUUACCACUCUCGCAGAACCAACCACCACCCCUCAGGUACUGGAGAAUUACAACAAAGGGAAGACUGCUCUGCUGUCGGCUGCUAAGAUCAUGGUGAGCCCAACUGAGGUGGACCUGAACCCUGAGACCAUUUUCCUGGGGGCCUCUACUUCCCACCAGCCCAGUCCUGUCACACAUCACCGCAGGAACAGCAGUGUUCGCUCUUGUGCCCGCUCGGAGAUCUCUCUGGACGGCUUUGCCGAGUGCCCCCCUCCCCCGGUGCCCAUUGUGCUGACGGGUGCCCGCGAGCGCCUCGCCGUGGAGCUGUGCGAGCGUCGUGCCCCGCUGGCCGUGAUGGAGAGCCUGUCGGAUGCUGAGUCCCUGUACAGCCUGGAGUCGCGGCGCUCCUCUGCGGCCCUCCGCGGCUCCCCCUGCCUGGGCAGCUUCCCCUUCUCCAUGGACGCCCCCAUCCCCGAGGAGAACCCCUCCCUCAGCUCCCGCACCGAGCUGCUGGCCGCUGACGGCCUCCAGCCGACCACCCCUGAGCACGAGCUGGGCGAGCCGGGGCCCUACUGCCCCACUCCGCCCCUGGAGGAGUACGCCCCACGCCUCUCCCCUGACACCCCCCGAUACAGUGCCCACAUCCCACCGGUCCUGGGGCAGACGGUGAUCGGACAGCCUCUCUACCUGGAGGAUGCCCCCCAGCAGGCUAAAGCAGCGGAGACUGUAAACGUUUACCUGCAGUCUGGGCCCCCCAGCCCAGAAAUACCCCCCUCUGUGCCCCACAGUCCACGGGGCAGCAGCACCCCGCUGGAGCGAGGCAGCCAGGAAUCAAUUGUGGAGAUGGGCGAGACGCCCGCGAGAGAGCAGCCUCCGGCGGCCAAAGCCGAGAGCGAGCCCCUAGCAGAUGCAGCUUCCCAGCAGGCCCCACUCUCCAACGGUAACCCCAGCCAGGUGGUGUUGGAGUUCGCCCAAUACCUGGACUCUCUCUUCAAGCUGGAUGGCAGCAGCUCUCCCCCAAUGGAGCUGUCGGACGGCGAGUCGGAGUCGGGCCGCAGCUCCUACAGCCAGAGCGAGAGCCAGAAGCCAGGCCAGCAGCUGGAAGACAGGGACAAGCUACUUCUGGCUCGGGCCACCCUGGAGCCCAACCUAGUGCCCAAGCCCCCACGCACCUUUGCUGGCUCGGCAGAUCCCUCCUCUGGCAUCUCUCUAUCCCCCUCCUACCCCCUCUCCUCGUCCGGGGAACUGAACGACCUCUCGCCCGCAGAUGGGACUCCGGCUGCCAAUCACAUACGAACUUCUACUCCCUUGCCCUACAACGAGGAGAAUGCACUCUCAUCUAUGGUGUAGGGCAGGACUGUAUUAAUCUCUCUCUCUCUCUCUCUCUCUCUCUCUCUCUCUCUCUCUCUCUCCCUCUCUCUCUCUUUCUCUCUCUCUUUCUCUAUCUUAUUCUCUAACUGUUACUCUCUCUUGAAGUCUCUAUCACAUACAGUUGGUGCAUUCAUUGGAUAAUCUGAACGGAUUGUGCAACAUGCAUGUGUAGCAAUGCAAUCUGACUUCCAGGACAGCUGGCGAUCAAAAACUCACUGAACAGCAACCUCAUUUUGUAGUUGUUUUUUUCCGUCUGCUGUCCAUACUGAAUGCUUAAUGUGUCUCUCACUGUCCUGCUCACACUUAGCAUUCCAAGCGUCCAGCGUAUCACCCCGAGCUCGUUGGGCGAAUAACGCCCCACUCUAAGUCUGUCUCGCCCCGACAAUGUUGUGGGCAGCAACACUAAUGGCAUCACUGCCAUUCACUAUGAAGACUUGCACAAGAUAAUGAAAAACAAAUCACUUCAUGUACUAUAAUUCUUGUUUACAUUUGCAUUAAUUAUUUGAGCAUGUACACAUUAAAGGGAGCCUUCUAUGAGUGCAGGAAGUGCCAGGUUAUGGUACAUUUAACUACGUAUGGCACAAUGUCCGAUAUGAAUGCCAUACACUGAAUGUUAUUGCACACAUCAAGCAUUUUCUCAUGGAAGUUCCCUUUUUAGUAUGGCAUACACGUACAGUAGAGUGCAGAGAUAAUAUGGAGAACUGAACCAUGGCACCAGUGCAGGGACUCGGAUGAAAUAAAAAAGGAAUUGGGAAGGAGCUAGAAAUAAGGGAAAGAAGAGAGUGUUUUGGAGUUAUGGCACACACACAUUCCUCAGGUUUAUAUGUAUGGAUAGAGCAAAUUACCAAACAGAGAAAGCCACAUUUGAACAUGAGUUGACGUUACACACCAGGUUUUUAGUAGUGAUUAUGAAAAUGUAUGUAUGUUGAACAGGAGGAGCCCUGAUAGGCCUUUUUUGUAGGGUGUGGGAAGCUAUGAUUGUGCUUUGAUAUGCAUGAAAAGAGAAUAUUCCCCCAAUCAUAUCGUUCACAUAAACCCAUACACAUAAAGUCCGCCCUAAUCUCCAUUACUCCUUCACCCACAUUAACAUACUCAUUUUAUCCCCUUGCCAAAAAAAGAUUACAUAAAUUUUACAAUUGCCAAAUAUAUUUUAAGAGAUGUCAUUUGUCAGCAUAAUAGAUGUGUAACAAUCCAUGGCAAAUGCAAACACUAAACAGCAGGAUAUGAAAGGGAUGACUCUGGGCAGUAGUUGCAAGCACUGCCAAGCACGGGCCAACACAACGGAGAGCUCCCAGAGAGACGAUGAUGCCAUCUCUGCUAUACUGCCAAGAUAUAGAUAGCAUGUAUGUGGGUCUCAGGGCCAUGGUGCUUUCACACAAAGCAUGGGAAUCAAUGUACGGGUGAGCCCCCUCUCGCCUGAGGGCACAGUUACCUUUAAACCAGUUCAUCUCAAGCACACUUGGGCUCGGACUGGAAGACAUGGGGCCUCAGGGUGACCCCUUGUCCCGUGUCCGUCAUCUUCUGAAAGAACAAAUGAGCAGCAAAACAAGCUUCAUGUCUGUGGGAAUUUAAACCCCCCAACCCUCUAUUUCUUAUCUUUCUUGGAAUGUGAUGUCAUUCACAUCUUAUCAUUAUUUAUUAUCAUUACUGUUAUUAUUAUUACUACUCUUACAAUAAUUGGUGUUAUUAUGAUCCAUUAAGACACUUAUUAUUAUAAUUAUUAUUAUGGUUAUUGCUUCAGAAUGGUUUGACUUUUAUAUAAUUUAAAAUGAAUUUAAAUACAUGAAUUGUAUUGAGUUGAGUUAGGGAUUUGCUGUGAGAUCACAGCAAUUUCAAAGUAAAGAAAUUUCUCCUAUUUGACCCUGUGAAAAAGUACUCCUGGUGGUCAGCAACUUUUGAAAUAAUGUUGCAUAAAAGGCACAGAAAAAGGUGUGUGUGUGUGUGUGUGUGUGUGUGUGUGUGUGUGUGUGUGUGUGUGUGUGUGUGUGUGUGUGUGUGUGUGUGCAUUUCAAUUGUGUGUAUGUAUGUACACAUUUGUUGAAUCGAUUGCGCUUAACGAGGUCCUCGCAGACAUUUGACCCUGAGGAAAACUCAACAUUGAAAUCUGCCAACAAAGCCUUCGUGCAGCUUUGGGGUGACAUUUUAUCUUUUUUAAAUAAAAUCUUAGUUCCCAUUUGAUGAUGAUGAUACAUCUGCUGACCUCAGGAGGAAGUAGCACAGAAUCCCAAAUUCUACUUGUGCAGUAAUCCAAUGCAAACUUGA